UUGAAUAAAACGCCACUAAAUUGGAAGUUUCAAAGGCAACAUUAGAAGACAAUUAUGGCGACGAUUAUGCGUAUAGGAAAGCCCCCCUCCACCCCCUGAAAACAGAGCAUCAAUAUUGGGAACUGUGCACAGACUUGAAUAAAUUGAUGAAAAUUUAUUUCCAGAAUACUGUGCACAGACUUGAAUAAAUUGUGAAAACAAGAAUCACUUUUGUUCUUAUAACCCAAACGUCUUCAAUUACUAGUGUCUUUUGAUAAAUUCUAAAGCCCAAAAACCAACAGCCAAAUCUUGGGAUUUUAGUUUUUAUCCCUUUUUUGUUCUGUUUUUUUUUAAAAAAAUAAUAGUAAUAGAGUCCCUUUAUGGUAAGGAACAGCUCUACCUCCCCUAUAUGGAUUUUCAUAAUCUCUGUUGAGAUAUUUUGUUUUAAAAUUUUAAAAGCUUCGCUUAUUUAUUUAAUUUUCUUAAUGAAUCACCCAUAGCAAUUUGUUGAGAACUGAGAUAAAAAAAAGACGGAAUUUUUUUCCUACAAAAAUAAAAAAGAGAAUUGAGAAAUUAUUUUUUUUGCCAAUUUGGUGUUGAUUGAAAGUUGAGUUUGGGAAUAUGGGGAUCUUGGAGCAUGGCAAAGACAACAAGCCAUUAUCAUUAAAAAUACUUCAGUUUCUCUUGUUGUUUUUGGGUCUAGGAAUUGUUUUGUCAAUUUUAAGUAUGUUUAUGCUUAGAUUUGCAGAAUUGAAGAAUGUACUUCCUGUGGUACAAACAAGAAUACAUCCAUGUUUUCAAGAACCAAAUAGUUUAGAAAAUUGGAUUAGGCCUCCAUCAAACUUGCAUCAUUCCAUGAAUGAUGCUGAGCUUUUUUGGAGAGCUUCAUUUGUUCCUCAAAUGAAAACUUCUCCUUUUAAGAGAACGCCUAAAAUCGCGUUCAUGUUCUUAACGAGGGGACCUCUUCCUUUGGCUCCUUUGUGGGAGAGGUUUUUCAAGGGGAAUGAAGACCUUUAUUCAAUCUACAUUCAUAACUUGCCAUCUUACAAAUCUGAUUUCCCAACUUCAUCUGUGUUUCAUGGCAGGCAAAUUCCUAGUCAGGUGGCAGAGUGGGGAAAAAUUAGCAUCACUGAUGCUGAAAGACGGCUUCUUGCUAAUGCAUUGCUUGAUAUCUCCAACGAAUGGUUUAUAGUCCUAUCAGAGUCGUGCAUUCCUCUCCACAACUUCAGUGUUGUCUAUCGCUACAUAUCAGAAUCCAGGUACAGCUUUGUGAAUUCAUUUGAUGAUCCUAGGCCUAUUGGAAGAGGGCGUUACAAUGAGAAGAUGUCACCUGAGGUUGAAAUCACUCAAUGGCGUAAAGGAGCUCAGUGGUUUGAAGUAAACAGGAAAUUGGCUGUUGACAUUGUUAUAGAUGAGGUAUACUACCCCAAAUUUAAACAGUUCUGCAAACCGCCAUGUUAUGUUGAUGAACACUAUUUCCCAACAAUGCUGCACAUCCAAUCUCCUCAUCUCCUUACUAAUACAAGUCUCACUUGGGUAGACUGGUCUAGAGGUGGUGCUCAUCCUGCUACAUUUGGAAAGGCUGAUGUUACAGAUCAGUUUCUCAAGGAACUUUCAGAAGGCAAGAGGACUUGUGUCUACAGUAACCAGACGACUUCAUAUUGUCUCCUUUUUGCUAGAAAAUUUUCUCCUAGUGCAUUAGAUCCUUUAUUAAAACACUCGUCCAAGUAUCUAGGCUUCUGAAAUUCCAUUGCUUUGUGAUCUGAUAUAUUCAAGUACAAAAACCAGCUUUCUGCCACAUGAUUGCUGAAGGCCUAAUGACAUGAUAGACAUUGCCCAUGUUAUACAAAAGAUAUAUCGAUAUUCUUGAUUAUGAUAAUUUUAUAUGAAAUCCCGGUAUUUAAUGUUUUGA